CACUGGAGGAGCUCACCUCCAUCCCUGCUGGAGUCGCACGCAUCACUCAAACCCCGCUCUGUCCCGACUGAAGAUACUUUCAGGGGGUUUGUGCUUCGUAUUUAAUCAGCUCGGCGGUGUUUUUUUUUCUUUCUAAAAAUUGUUUUGCUCACCUCUCUCCGUGCUUCUCUCCGUCUCCGGUGUCGUUGCAGUGCUUGUGUCAGCGGAGAUGUUGGCAGGUGCGUUAGUUCUGUGCAUCAUCCUUACAGCGUUACCAGGUAUUCAGAGCGGGUGGAGCGUGUCAUUUUCUAGGAGGGAUAUCUGUGUGUGGGCCGGAACAACCGUCACUCUGCCCUGCCGUUACGACUACCCAUCAGGUCACAAUGUGAAGCGGGUCAUGUGGUUCCGUGUGUCUGCAGAAGGUCGCAGGGAGUUUGCUUACCACACUGACCCCAACGAGGUCAGCCUGUCGUACCGCGGACGCACCCGCUACAUCGGAGGCAGCUACUCCAGCUGCUCAGUCCAGAUUCGGAUUGUCCGGCUGAGCGACGCGGGCCAGUACCACUUCAGGUUCGAGACGGACCAACCACUGGGGAGAUGGACGUCGCCGGACACCGUCGCUCUCGACGUAACAGACCUCCGGGUCCAGGUGCAUCCGGUCCGGCCCGCCAUCAUGUUUGGCUUGGGAGAGACUGUGUUUGUAGGCUGCCGGGCCAGAGGAUGUGCUGCUCCGGGGCGGAGCCUUGCACUGUACAGGAACGGACUGAACCUCGGCUCCCACGAGAAAUGGAUGAUCAUCAACCGCUUCGACCAGCAGCAUGCUGGCGCGUACGCCUGCCGACCGAUCCCACCGCAGAACGUGCAGUCGCCGUCCCUCUCGCUGGCCCUGGGCCAUGGUCCCAGCUCCACCUCCAUAGGAGUCUUCCCCAUGGCAGAUGUUUCAGAGGGGGGGUCAGUCACUCUUACGUGCCGUAGUGAUGCAGCUCCGCCUGUAGAGAGCUAUGCAUGGUUCAAAGACAUGGAGAGUGGCAGCAUCCCGGACAGUUUUAGGCCUCAGCUGCACCUGUCCCCCCUCAAGUACACGGACAGAGGAGAGUACUUCUGUGUUGCACGCAACUCACUGGGAACAGACCGCUCAAAACCACUCCUGCUCAAUGUCACGUACUCUCCAAAGAACACGCGUGUGCUGCUGACUCCUCCAGCUGACAUCCGAGAAGGCUCCUACGUGAACCUGAGCUGUGUCAGCCAGGCCCACCCUGCUGCCAGCAGGUAUGCUUGGUAUCGUAUCCUAGGUGACCAGGUGUUGACUAAAGGAACCUUCCAGAACCUGACGUUCCCCUCGGUGCGUGCUCACCACGCCGGUCAGUACUACUGCAAAGCAUGGAACCGGUUGGGAUACCAAACCUCCCCUGUUGCUACACUCACUAUACUCUACCCUCCUAAGAACACCUCGGUUCUUGCCCGCCCCUCAGGUGUGGUCGACGCCGGCCGACCUUUGACCUUGACUUGCAGCAGUCAGGCCAACCCGGCAGUGGACAACUUCACCUGGCACCGCUUGGCUCUGGGCGGGGGCUCUGCACAAUCAUGGGGCAGCAGGUCCGGCCCUGUCUUCACCUUCUCCGAGGUUGGCCCCAGAGAGAGCGGACAGUACUACUGCGAGGCCAGGAAUCGAAUCGGAGCCCACAGCUCUCCGGUCCUGACCGUGCGAGUCCGAGGUCGUCUAAAGGUCAUUGCCUUGGCCUCAGCAGUAGGAGUGUCUGCCGGACUCAUCACUCUCACAGUGGCCAUUAUGAUCAGUAAGAACAUGCACAGAGUAGAUACCGAGUCAGGAAAGGUAGCAAACAAGCAUCCGCCAGUGACAGCUGACACCAGGUUCUAUGAGUCAACCCAACAGACCUUUCCAGUGAAAAGGGGGAGGAUGUCCGACAUACCGGAAGAGCCAGAGGACCUGAGUGACAGCGGCCACCCCGCCAUUGUUCCUCUGAAGGAUGCUCCGCCAAUCACAGAAGUGGAAUCUCACAGCCCCGCCCUCAACUACAUCACUGUCCACUACUCCAAGUUGUCCAGUGUGGACCAGGUGCAGGUCCACAACCUUCCACUGGGUGGUGAUAAAAAGCAGAAGGAUUCCUCCAAAGUUGUUUACACUUUACUUCAACAGCCUCGUCGCUGAUGGGAGACAAGACGGCAAACCAGAUUGAGACUGUGAGUGGGCUGACGAUGCCUGCUGCUGUCCCGGGUCGGACACGUCGUCAUGGAUUCUCCACCAGACCACGAGGACAAACGUGUUAACCGUUACUGUGUCGCAAUGUCUUUCCUUUUUUUUAUUCCAUGCAUCUUUCAAUGAGGUAACACCCUGUUGGCCAUUUUUCUUACACCCACUUCCUCAUUACAGGCCAAAUCUUUAAUGUGACACUGACAAAGUAAAGUAAAGGUAGAUUACACAGUUUGAGUGGUUGUCACAACAUCAUUUGCAUCACCUCGUCUUGAAAGAUGAUGACCAUCAAUACUAAAACACCAAAUCAAAUUAAGCUAUCUAUAAAGGAUGUGCAAGAUUUGACAUAAAAAGCUUAUUUUAAAAACACAACUAACUAAUCUUUAGCUUCAAUGUAUGUUGCAGUCUUUGCAGCUCACAACAUAUGAGACUGAAUAAGGAUUGAGAAUGAGGGGGUGUAGUCAGCAGUGAGAUUACAUUUCGUGAUAAUCUAAUUUAGUUUGUCUUCCACAGAAGUAAACAUUUGUCAGUCUUUGAGAAAAGCAUCAUAUAUAUAUAUUCAAAUCUAACACUAAUGCAGCAACAAAAAAUAUUGUGACCAUAGAGAUAUUCCAUCAAGAACAUCAUUAUGCACGCUCUUUCUAUUCUGUGGUCAAUCCACGGCACGUUACUAACUUGUGUAUCAAAUAAAUCAAUAAAUAUUCUCUAUGUGUUAUCUUUCCUCUAGUGGUAGUUAUGUGUGCUUGUGGAGUGUGGCUUAUGAAGG